AUGAAACCAAUUUUGAAAAAGAUUGAAUCAGAUUCUACCGAAACAAAAGAAGAUGAAGAAGAUAAACCAGAAAUAAAACCACCUGAAAAGAAAUUACAAAUAAUUAAACCAAUUAAAGAAUGUACAAACUUUGCUAAUGUUGAAGAAUUUAAUCAAUUUUAUGAAGAAAAUAAAAAUUUGUUUGAAGAAUUAACAACUUGUAAGUUAAAUAAAAUGUUUAAAAUUGAAGGUUUUAGAAUUACAAAAAUUAAAGGUCAAGUAAGUUUGAAAUCUAUUCCAGAAUCAAGAGUUACAAAUACAAUGAAAAUAGAUGAAUUAAUUCAAAGAAUUGUAACAGUAGAAGAUAGGGUAAAUUCUAUCAUUGAAUUUAUAAAUUCAAGAUUUCAUGCUUAA